GCGACUUGCGCGAAAGUUGACAUGAGUUGUUAUAUAUUGAUAUACAUGUAUUUAUUAUAAUUAUUAUAUGUAUUAUAUGUAUUAUAUGUAUUAAUUAACAUACAUAUUCAAAAGCAAGUUAAAUAUGGAAAAAAAUAUGACCCUUGUCGUUUCGUAAACUGCAUGAGAGACAAAUAUAUGUAUAAUAUUCGCUAUUAAGAGAGAUCAAGGAAUUAGCAAAGUAUUGUAUCUCUCAAAGAAUAGCAAAGGCGCUUUUUUAAAUAGCAAAAGAGGUUCACGAGAGAGAUUUGAAAGAGAAGAAAAAAGGAGAGAAAGUUGACAAAAAAUGUUGAAAAAUGUAACAUUAUAGUUUGACAGCAGAAAGGAUAUCCUCAAAAAAAAGUAAAAAAUUGAAAAAAUAUCUGCGUCAUGUAGGUCGAUUUCGUAUUGCGAAUCUAACCUAAGAACAUAGACGAUAUGAACACCCUUACACGGUGUCCCGGAUUGUACUGCGGCAGAGAACUGUUGCCGGAUGGCAAUUGGAGCGUAUGCGGAGCUUGUCCUCGUGGCUUCCGGGCCAACACCUCGUCAGCGUGCGUGCCCUGCGAUGACACGCCGAUGUUCUACGACUGGCUUUACCUGGGCUUCAUGGCUCUGCUGGCCCUGGUGUUACACUGGUUCUCCAUCGACAUGGUGUCCAUGCGCCGGAACAUACCCAAGGAGGUGAUUGCUCUGCACCUGUCUGCCUUGCUCGAAGUGGUACUGUCAUCUGUCAUAGUGCUACAGCUGACCCAUCCCAUCGGAACGUUUAACGUCAAGUCGUGCAGGGCGAAGAAACUGUCAGACUGGUACACACUGCUGCACAAUCCCAGUCCGAAUUAUGAAGCAACGCUACACUGUACACAGGAAGCGGUGUACCCCUUAUACACUAUGGUUUUUGUCUUCUAUGCCCUAGGCAUUGCUCUCAUGUUAUUAAUAAGGCCAAUAAUAGCCAAGAAAUUUUUGCCAAAACAGGGCAAGCUCUCUAUUUAUGCCGCAUUGUAUUUUUAUCCAAUUCUCGCACUACUUCAUGCUGUAGGUGGAGGUCUAAUUUAUUACUCUUUUCCCUACAUUACUAUCAUUCUGUCAGUUCUUUCAAAUGCGGCGCAUUUUGCAUUUAAAUUGAAUCAGACGAUAAAGUCGUUGCUGUUAAGUUCUAUCUCGAAUGUAAAAAACGUAAUAGUCAUCUUGGGCCAUUGGUUGUUGCACGGUUACGGUAUAAUAGCGGUCGCAACUCUUCGAGGAAUCAGCAUCCAUCCCGGAAUGUUAGUCUUAGUUGUACUACCAGCCUUGUUUUAUAUCAUAACGGCACGAUUUACCGAUCCACAUAAGUUGCACAUCGAAUAAAUCUCUAUUUUAAUAAAUUUUUGUAUAUACUAAAUCGCGCAUAUUGAAAAUUAACAUAUUUAAGCUAUUUAUUAUAGAACAAAAGAUUUUUGCGCGCGUGCUCAUGCGUGUAAAAUUCUUUUUUUAAUAGAGAUUUUCUGUUAAUAAACAUCAAUAAUGAAAUUUUAUUUAAUUAAUAAUUUAUAAACAAAUUAUUUUAUAUGCAAUAUAUAUAUAAUUUAAAAUAAUCUAAAAU